AUGUUCAUCGGCGGCUUGAACUGGGAGACUACAGAUCAAUCCCUGCGGGACUAUUUCUCCCAGUUUGGUGAGGUUCAGGAAUGUACUGUGAUGCGUGACAGUGCUACUGGCCGCUCUCGUGGCUUUGGCUUCCUCACCUUCCGUGAUCCCAAGACUGUCAACACUGUCAUGGUCAAGGAGCACUACCUUGACGGCAAAAUUAUUGAUCCCAAGCGCGCUAUUCCCCGUGAUGAGCAAGAAAAGACCAGCAAAAUAUUCGUUGGCGGCGUUAGUCAAGAGGCCACCGAGCAAGAUUUCAAGCAAUUCUUCACCCAAUUCGGCCGUGUCAUCGAUGCUACUCUCAUGAUCGACAAGGAUACUGGCCGACCUCGUGGAUUCGGCUUCGUCACCUUUGACAGCGAGGCCGCAGUUGAGAACGCCCCCUCUCGCCCCCUUGAGAUCCUCGGGAAACAGAUUGAGGUCAAGAAGGCCCAGCCACGAGGCAAUCUGCGCGACGAGAACCGCGGUGGCCGUGGUGGUCGUGACAACUUCCGCGACAUGAACCAGGGUGGAGAAUCUUCGAAUGUCCAGCAGCAAGGCGGAUCUCAGCAGGGCAUGGCCGGUGGCAUGACCCCCCAAAUGAUGGCCCAGUACUGGCAGCGCAUGCAGCAGUACUUUGCCAUGAUGCAGCAGCAAAUGGCGAUGGGAGGUGGUCAGAUGAACAUGGGAGCCAUGAACCCAGCCAUGAUGCAGCAGAUGCAACAGAUGCAGAUGAAGCAGAUGGCCGCGCAGAUGGGUGGAGGUCCUCAACAGCAGCAGCAGGUUCAGCAGCAGCCUCAAUCCCAGCAGCAACAGCAACCCGGCGGCAUGAGCCCCAACCCGGCCUCGCCGGGAUCCCAGCACGCCAUGCCCAACAUGAUGAACGCGGCCAUGAUGCAGCAAAUGCAGGGCCAGGGUCAGGUGUCCGGUGGUGGCCAGCAGCAGCAACAACAGCCCGGUGGACCUGGAUACAACGCCCAGGAGCAGAUUGCGUUUGAACAGCAAAAGUAUGAGCAACAGCAGGCUCGUCGUGCUAUGGAUCCCAGCCGUGGCUAUGCGCCUUAUCAACAGGGCGGUCCGACCUCAUGGGAGGGCAUGUAUGAUGAGGUUCCUCAGCCGAAUAUCCCUACCGGACCUCAGGGUAUGUCUCGUGGUGGUAGCAUGGGUCGUGGUUCCAGUGUCACUCCUCAGCCUCAGAGCGCCCCUGCAAAUGCACCAACCGGUCCCCGCAACGCCGGCAAGCCCGGUGCUAACUACCGCGGCGGCGGUCGUGGUGGACACCGUGGAUUCCACCCUUACUCUCGCUAA